AUGGCACCUAGACUUCCUCCUCCUCCUCCACCACAAACCAAUGAACAUGAUGUGCCCAACAACACGAGGCUGUUUGAAUCUGUGAUCGAGAAGCUACAAGAACAGAAUGCUGUUCUGAUGCAGCAGAACGCGACUAAUUCACAAAAUCUCGAAGCUGCUCGCGCCAAUUCUGAAAUGACUCAGAGGCAACUAAUGGAAAUUCUUGCAGCUACUAGGGGUACGCCGGGAGCAUCUGCUUCAAAUGCUACUCAUCAAGCUGAGUGGACUUUGGAGAGCUUUUUGCAGCAUCGCCCUACAAAGUUUGAUGGGAAGUGCCCUCCUGACGGAGCUGAUCAGUGGAUAAGGGACAUGGAACAGAUCUAUGAUGCCAAGGAAUGUCCGAACGAUAGAAGACUGGCAUUCACUGAGUAUUUAUUGACUAGGGAGGCCAGUCAUUGGUGGUCGACUGCGAAGAUGUUGCUAACAGAAUCUCACAGCCCUAUUUCCUGGAAAGUCUUCAAGGAUAAGUUUUAUGAGGAGUAUUUUCCGGAUAGUGUUCGUUUCGGCAAAGAAGUGGAAUUUCUCCAGUUGGUGCAAGGUAAUAUGUCUGUUUCUGAGUACACCAACAGGUUCAAACAUCUGGUUCGUUUUCAUACCCUGGCGACCAGUGAAGUGUGGCAGUGUAGGAAGUUUGAAAAUGGGCUGAGAAGUGAUCUGAAGGUACUGAUAUCCAGCCUGUGCAUUAAGUCUUUUCCUGCCAUAAUUGAGAGAGCAAAAGUGUUAGAGAAAAAUGUGGCUGAAGCAGAACGACAGAAGAAGCAACAACAGGCAACUAGAGGGCCGAUCAUGUCCAGGCCGAAUCUGAAUCGAAACAGGUUGCCGUAUGCUCGUCCAGCACAACCAUCAAAUUCUCAGGCUAUGGUUGUUGCCGGACAGUCUGGACAGCAUGGAUCAGUCAGAUGUUUUAAGUGUGGAGGACCACACUACCAAUCGUCGUGUCCUCUGUUGGAGGGAGCAAAAUACUGCACUCGCUGUAGAAGAAACGGUCACAUGGAGCACGAGUGUAAUAUGGGCGGACGAGCAGUAAUGAGGCCACCAAAUGCCGGAAGGAUGCAACAGAAUCGGGGUGGAAGAGCACAAGCAGUUGGUCGUGUUUAUGCGAUAACGGGCACGGAAGCUGCCAGUUCAGGUACUCUCGUCACUGGUACUUGCUUAUUACAUGGAAUGCUUGUUUGUGUGUUGUAUGAUUCGGGGGCAACACACUCCUUCAUUUCGAAGGCGUGUGUUGAGAAAUUGGGAUUAGCCGAAUGCGAGAUGCAGUUCGACUUGGUAGUAUCAACCCCAGCAGCGGGUGAGGUUAGGACGUCUACUGUAUGUGUUAAAUGUCCUAUAGAGGUUGAAGGACGUAAUUAUAAGGUAAACCUCAUCUGCCUACCCCUAAAGGAUUUGGAAGUGAUCCUAGGAAUGGAUUGGUUGGCUGCCAAUCGCAUUCUCAUUGAUUGUGGUGCUAAGGAAUUGGUGUUUCCGGACGAGUACGAAGUAGAGCUAUCAGUAACGCUCGGUCAGCUAAAGGAAGACAUCGUGGAUGGUGCUAGUUGUUUUCUGAUCAUGACGCAUUCGGACGAACGACUUGAAGGUUUGAAUCAUGAGCGAUCGUCCAGUAAGUCGAGUGGAGAACGAUCAGUCGUGGAUGAAUUCCCUGAUGUAUUUCCUGAUGAAGUGCCUGGAUUACCUCCUCCGCGUGAGAUGGAAUUUACUAUCGACCUAGUGUCGAAUGCUGGACCCAUCUCUAUUGCACCUUAUCGGAUGUCGCCAGCAGAAUUAGCGGAACUCAAGGAACAGAUAAAAGAGUUAAUGGAUAAGCAGUUUAUCAGACCAAGCGCAUCACCUUGGGGAGCACCUGUACUCUUAGUGGAAGAAGAAGGUAUGGCAGGUUCUCGUCUCUGCAUUGAUACAGGCAGUUAA